AUGACUAUACCAUCAAUUCCUGAAACUAUCCCCGAGCACUCCGAGCUCAAAGGAAAAGCCCCGCUGCGAGAUAUCUCUGGCAUUCCAGCCAACCCACGGCAAACUAUCCGGACGCCCUCGUGGGAUCUCACAUCCACAUGGCUGAUCGGCGCCAACGACGACAUCCGCACCUGGUGGGACUGCAUCGGUCCACAGGUGGCCAUUCUCGCUGAUGAAGCGGGAUACAGCGUGGCGGCGCAGACGGAGAUCCUCCUGCUGCUGCACUCCGUAGUGCUCCCGGACAUGGGCCGAUUCCCUCCAGCCGGACAGAACAAACCAGCCGUGCAGUACAGCUGGAAAAUCAACACGGACGACUAUGACCAUCCGAUCCUCACGCUUACCGUGGAAGCACCCGGCGAGCAUGCGAAGGGCUCCAGCAGUAUGAUCCGGCACCAUCUCCAAGCGACGCAGAAUAUUGUGGAGCAACUAGCGGCACAACUCCCCCCGGUUGACCUUACGUGGUACCGGCAUUUCGUCUCUGCGUUCCAAAUCGACCAUCAUACGGACCACUCCAGCCAUCACCGGACAUUCCUAAGCACAGACAAGGACACCACCCGGCCGCGGAUGCCUCUGUCGUUCGAGUUUACCGACACCGGCGUCAUCCCAAAAGUGUACUUCUACCCUCCUGCGCAUGCGCACGAGAGCAAGCCUUCCCUGUCCAUAUUCACGGAUGCCAUCCGGCCCAUAUCGGAGACUAACCCCCUCCCGGCUUUCGAAGAGGUUGUGGCCUUUGUGGAUAAUCAUCCAGUGGGCGUGACGCUCAACCCCGAAAUGCUGGGCAUGGACUGUAUCGAGCCCGCGCAGGCAUCGCUAUAUCUGCAUGCCAGCACGCCAGUCACGAACUUUGAGAGCAUUAUCGCUGUCAUGACGCUGGGCGGACGAGUGCACACGAUGGAUAUGGCGAUCAUGGAGCUGUGGGAGCUUCUGUGUUUAGUCUUGCAGCCGAAGCAUCGCGAUAGGAUGUUCUCGUGGGGCGAUGAUUUGCCCGUAUGGAAUGCGCAUGCGCAGGGCGAUGAAGAGCAGGGAUUGAAGUACUGUUUCGAGAUCCUGCCUGGAGCAGGAGUGCCAGAGGUUACGCUCUACAUCCCGGUUGUUCGAUAUGGGCCGGCAGAUGAAGAUAUGGCGGUUGGGUUAGAGAGGUUUUUGAAGAAGAGAGGACAGGCGCAGUUUGCUGAUGGGUUUUGGAGGGUGUUGAAUAUGUUGAGCGAGGGUUGGACAGACUCUCGACGGGUUGUAACGCAUAUCGCGUGUUCCUUUCGGGGGGAGUCAUUGGAUGUGACUUCAUGUUUGGAGCCUGCUAUUCUGCGCUCGCGAGAUGAAUAG